UUUACUGUGACUGAAAGACCAAAUGACCACUAGGAGAAACAACAUUUGAUAUUAUGGAAUUUGUCAAACACGGAGAAGGCUUUAAAAACUAAAAAUAAGACUUUUAACUCAUUUAGCUUAUUUUUGAAGGCAGAUAGGUUUUAAGGACAACAGCCACAUUUUUCAUUUGUUCUUGCUGCUCAAGGUUGCUGCUUAUACCAACCAGCUCUUUGUGGCGACUUGGUUUGUUUUUGUUGAAGAGAGAGAGAGAGAGAGAGGUUGGUUGGUUGGUCGGUCGGUCUCCUGGUUUUGACUAGGAGGCUUUCAACCUGCGUUAAAGUGUCAGAAAGCGACAUUUAAGUGAGAAAUCGUGUCAGGAAGAUAGAAAGGAGUGUCAGUUAGGAUAUUAUAUCUGAACAGUGAGGUGUUGGAGAGGAAGGAGAUGGGCAAUUGUCUAAAAUCUCCUACUUCGGAUGACAUCUCUUUGCUUCAUGAGUCGCAGUCAGACAGAGCCAGUUUCGGCGACGGUACUUUUCCGGACCAGGAACCGCCACCGCCUUACCAGGAGCAGAUCCAUGUACCCGUUUACCACCCCACUCCGAGUCAGACCCGGUUGGCAACGCAGCUGACCGAGGAAGAGCAAGUGCGUAUCGCGCAGAGGAUUGGCCUCAUUCAACACCUGCCCAAGGGGGUGUUUGAUCCCGGCAGUGACGGCACCGAGAAGAAGAUACGAGAGUGUGUGAUCUGCAUGCUGGAUUUUGUGUAUGGGGAUCCGAUCCGGUUCCUGCCUUGCAUGCACAUCUACCACAUGGAUUGCAUUGAUGACUGGCUCAUGCGCUCCUUUACCUGCCCCUCCUGUAUGGAGCCUGUGGAUGCUGCACUUCUAUCCUCCUAUGAAACCAACUGAACUUAAUCUCAUACACACACUCUCUCACACUCACACACUCUGCCCUUACGUUUUUGGAAUUAUCCCAUCUAUAGGCAGGGGACAGGUCAGAGCUAUUUCUCAUAGCACUAUGAGAUCGUACAGGACUGCUCUCCUGGGUUGUCCUGCUGGACAGGGAAACCUGCAGGAGCUGGACAAGCGAGACUUUUUACAACAUCUUGACAACCUGGACCAUUCUGCUGUGCCACCCCUUACACUGGAAAGCAGAAAAGUGUUUUUUUUUUUUUUUUUUUUUUUUUUUUUUUUUUUUUUU